UUAAGAGAUGUAGAGGCACAUUUUUAAAAGGUCAUUUUCAAGCGUAUUUGAACAGAAGCUUUGCACAUCUCUCUGAAGAAUCAACCAUCUACUAAGUCACAACAGCUCUAGAGAUUUAAAUAAAACUCAUUUGACAUUAACACAAAAUGCAGAAGUGAGAGAGAGCUGAGGCAGACCUCAGACUCCACUUCAACAUCUAGCAUCUCACUUCCAGGUAGCAGCUCUUGUCAGGGAGGCUGGGUUCGACUGCUCGUCUCAGCUGUGUGUGCCCCCCCUCUGCUCAAGGUAGACUGAAGCGUAGAGGAGAGAGAAUAUAAUGUGUCAGGAUUUUGUUACCAGGAAGUGGGUCGAGUUAUUUAUAUUUCAACACUCGUCCUCUCGUACCCGAGGGAGAACCAGUGGUAGUAACCUGAAACUAUAUCAUCAAGCAUUGUCAGGAUCUGGAUGUAUCGAACUGAGAGAAAACAACUGACUCUACGUUUAGUUACACGACGAGGACCUGCAGAAAAUAUCUGCAAAUGUAGAUAAUGUAAAGGCUGUGAAGAAGGGUAAAGUGACCCUGUGAAGGAUUCAACACAGGUAUUGGGAUGAAGCUCCAUGAAAAGAUUUUGACCCAUUACCUAUCGUGCACUUCUCCAGUAGAUAAACAGGGAUAUCUCUUCAAAAAGAAAGAGCGAAAUGCCACCUACCAUCGGAGGUGGUUCGUCCUGAAGGCAAACCUGCUUUUCUACCAGGAGCGCCCGGCCGACCGACACCUGCUGGGUGUCAUCGUGCUGGAGGGGUGUGCGGUAAGACACUCGGAGUCUGACGGACAGUUUGCCUUUUCCCUGGUGUUUGAGGGGCCUGGACUCAAAACCUACAGAUUUGCAGCAGCGGAUCGUCUGAGUCAGGAGAGCUGGGUGAAAGCUUUGCUGUCAGCCAGUCACUGUUACCUCUCCCUGCUGGUGAGAGACUUAGGGAGGCAGUAUGAAGAGGCUAAACAGCAACAAGGCUCUGAUGGAUCCCAUCACAGCUCCUCUGUCAGUGCCCUCAAACAGUCCACAACCAGCUUCUUCUUCCCUGUGCAGGGGCCAGCAGCAGUGGUGAGGGAGGGCAGGAGCCUCAGUGCCGGCACAGUUUUACAAGCACCUUCAAUACCCACUCGAGUGGUGGCUAAAAAAUCCCCUAAACUGUGGCCCAGGAGAAACGCUCAUGUCACACCACUCAACGGACCGGCGCCUUUAUAUGGCGAAUGGCCUUUGGUGGGUUUCAAUCCACUUGAGGAUUUCAGCAAACUUCAUGAUUAUUACGGCCAGGAAGUGAAGAAAGCCAGAGAGGACUGGCUGAGGAGUCGACAGGCGGCAGAGGAGAAGCACAGUGAUGGAGAUCUCAUCAACCUGGAGUGAAAAAAAAGACAGUUGAGAAACUAAGUAAGAGGAACUGAGACGGAGGUGAUUCAUGUGUGUCAAAGAGGAACUGAACCCAAAGUGUUUUGAGUUAACCUGUAUUUACAAACUGGAGAAUUUGCGGCUCAGACACCUGUAAAUGUGCUAAAAGUACUUCUGCUUCACAUGAUUAGCAUCAGCUAUUUCUACGUAUGAAUCAUGUGACAGGAAGCCGUAACGUUCCUGAUUCGCCCUGAGCCAAGACUGUGUCCACGGCGACGCAACAAGGACCAAACAGAACCUGCUGGUGUGCAGAUUGGCUCCUUCUCACAGCAUGCUGACUUAUCAUAGUAUAAAAAACACAGGUGAUACUCAUAACAUUGACAAUCACUCUGUUCUACUCAAGUGUCCUGGAAAGACACGGCAGUGACAGCAUGCAGCAGGACCAGGAUCCUGAAACUGGAACAGCUUAAAGGAAAUCAGUCUUCAUUCAUUUCACCUGUGCUUUUCAAGUGCAUACAAACAUUUCGCUGAGCAAUGAGACAUCCACAUGUGGUGCAAUUAGUUUCAUCCCUGGUGUAAAAAGGCUUUAUUAAGCAAAGAGUAUUAUAUAUUUUCAUUGCAUGAAAAAAUAAAAUCGGUCUGUUGACUCAAA